UGUAUCAUCCACAUGACACUACCCCUUUUAAAUGUCUUGAGAUUAAUUGUCAUCGAGUCUUUGAUUCUCUUAAAUCAUUUAAAAAACACACAAGAGUCCAUUCUAAUAAUCCUAUAAACAUUCAUUGUGUUUCUACAUUUUCACCAAACCAACCAACUAAUUCUGUUCAGCCUGUUGAAAUAGAACCAAAUAUUUUUCCAGCUGUUGAAAUUUCAACUAAAAACAAUCAAAUUGAAGAUUUUGAAUUGAGUGUAUAUAACAAAGCUUUGUGUUUGUUAUCAAAAUGGUAUGGUGAAUCUGGAGUACCUCGAAAUAAAAUUCAAUUAAUUAUUGAUGAUUUCACUGAUUUUAUCAACGAUUUUUUACCACAAUUUAAAAAUGAAGUAUUAAAUACAUUAACUAAAUUUCAACCACCUGGUGGUGACAUUAUUUUAUCUAAUAUUUCUUCAAUGUUUGAUGUGAUGUGUAAUCCUUUUAAAAAUUUAAAAACUGAGCAUAAGCGUUUUAAAGUAUUAGAUGAGAUGGGCAUGUUAAUUAGACCUAAAACAAUUCAUGUUGGAAAUCGAAUGAAUGAUAAACUACAAAAUGGAUGUUUUGAAACAAAUAAUCCACUUGGGUCCCACAGAGGAGUUCAAAAAUUAGGAGCAGUUUAUAUAUCUAUGCCCUCAUUUCCUCCAGAGCUUAUAUCAAAACUUGAAAGUAUAUUUUUAGUACUUCUUUUUAAUUCAAUAGAUAAAAAACAAGUUGGAAAUACAGAAAUAUUUAAAAAUUUAAUUUCUGAGAUUAAAGACUUAGAAGAAAAUGGCAUAGAAGUGUUUAUUAAUGAUGAGUCAAUUAAGGUGUAUUUCUGUUUAGCUUUAAUUGUUGGGGAUAACUUAGGAUUACAUGGUAUGAUGGGAUUUUCUGAAAGUUUUGUUGCAAAUUACCCCUGUAGGUUUUGCCUGUGUUCGAAAACUGUUUGUCAUAAACAAUUGUUUCAAAUUGAUAAUGAACUACGGAAUACUGAAAAUUAUGAGAUUGACGUUAAUACAGAAAACAUGUCUGAGACUGGUAUUGUCGAACGAAGUAUUUGGAAUACCAUACCUUCUUUUCAUGUAGUGAAUAAUUACUCGGUUGAUCUGAUGCAUGACAUAUUAGAAGGUGUAUGUGGUUAUGAUAUUUUCAGUAUUUUGAGGCAUUUCAUUUUUGUAAUGAAAUACUUUACUUUAGAAACUUUGAAUCAUAGAAUUAAAUUUUUCAAUUAUGGUUCCACUGAUAUCAGAAAUAGACCUCCCUUAUUGUUAGAAAAUACAUUAAAAAGUAAUUCAAACACAAUAAAAAUGUCAGCAAGUGAAAUGUGGAAUUUUGUUCGUUACUUAGGACUAUUAAUUGGUGAUUUAGUUGAUGUAGAGUCUGAAUAUUGGUGCUUUAUAUGGUUCAUUGAAAUAUCUUUGCGUAUCCUCAGAUAUGCAACCUUUAACCAUAUGUAUGCUUUUUGA